UUAAUAUUAAGCCAAUUAGUGAGGAAAUCUUUGACGGAUUGAAUACAACAGUCAGAUCAUUACUCGUUGCGACCGGCGCGUGCGCAGACGCAAUGAAGACUGCUAUCAUCGUUUGUGCGAUUUUAUACUCUGUGGUCAGCAAUGACGAGGAUUUUCGGAUUAUUGAUUCCAUAAUUCAGGAAGGACCAUGUUCGGCUGUGGGUGGAAUUUGCACUGUUGCAGCCGACUGUCCCAAGGGCCAUUUAUCUGAGAAGUCUGACCUUUGCCCCACACAGCGAAAGCAGGGCGUGGAAUGCUGCUUUGGAUUGUCUCUCAAGGAAACUCGCUGUGAAAAACACGGUGGCACAUGUAAGAAGCAAUCUCAGUACUGCAACCCUCGACUUGUGUUUGACGCGACGGAUUGUGGCUCGGAUGAAAAGUGCUGUAUCCUUAUAUAGUUGUUAAACAGUGACAUUAAUGGUCUUACUAUGAAAAUAUAAAUCUAUAAUAAAAUAAUAAUAAUAAAAAAAUUAUUGUCACCAAAAAGGAUACAUACAUAUAUAAGUUGCUUAAAAAUAAAUGAGUUAUACAAUGUAAAAAUUAUCCGAAAAUAGGUGAAAGCCUCUGCUGCCGCACUAAGCCAAGGCCUGUAAUACAGCAUGCAGCUCCGAAACCUCACAGACCAUUUUAUAAUAUAAUAUCUGUUGAAUGUGUGCCUUAAUAAAUGUCAAUAAAAAAGUGCUUUAAAAAGAGGCGCGAUUUUUAUGCAAAUUCGAAAUUUAAUAGAUUCGGAAAUGAUUUGUAAAUUAAUUAAGAAAUAAUAAACCGUGUAAAUAUCUGAU